AUCAAAUACAUUUUCCGCCUGCUCUAUUCUUUCGGUCUUAAUCCCUCCUCGAAGACGGUAGACGGACUAGCGGCGGCAAAUUACCGCGUAUCCUCCAACUGUCCAACCACAAUACCAUACCCGAAUCAGCUCAAUCUCCCUUCGUCGCAGAGAUCACGUCGAAUCGCGUCCCUAUCCAUCACCUCUUGCGAGCGCCAACCAAAUCCCCAACCCUCCCCAACCUCACCCAUUCACCAUCUGAUCCUACAUACCCUCCAAUAAGUAUACUUCAACCAUGUCGGAUAACGCGGCGUUCAAGUUUGGGUCCUUUGAUUAUAUAUGUGAACAUGCCGCUUUAGUGGUUUGUCCCAUGCUUGGUGAUCAGCAAGGGAUGGCUCCGACAUGUUACAGCCGAAACGUCCAACUGGGUAGUCAGAUUAUCUUCCAGCCGGCAACAUGCAUCCUGCACAUUGCUGCGUUGGUCAUGGCGACCAUCAUGCUCCUUCACGUCCGUUCCAAAUAUACCGCUGUUGGCCGAAAAGAAAUUGUCCUGUUUUUCUACAUGUACAUUUGGGUCGAGCUCUUCGCCAUCUUCCUAGAUUCCGCCAUCAUCCCCACCGCCAACAAGGUCUACCCUUGGUUCGCGGCGAUAUACGCGGGUAGCGUCGGCGCGCUGUAUUGGUGUCUUCUUUUGAACGGUUUUGUCGGGUUUCAAUUCCAUGAAGACGGUACACCCAUGUCACUAUGGUUCCUUCGUAUCUCCUCACUUGUCGUCGGUGCCGUCUGUUUUGGUAUCCCAGUUGCUACAUUCAAGGGAACCUCCUCUUCCAUGUCACCGACAAAUACUGUGGGAUUGUUCAUCACGUACUUGGUAUUCCCUUGUGUGUGUGUCUUGAUCUACUUUAUCUCGCAGAUGUUGUUAGUGGUUAGGACUUUGGAUGACCGAUGGGUUAUUGGUGAUCUCCUUUUCAUGGCUGGUUUCUAUAUCGCCGGUGUCCUUCUGUUGGUCACCUUCUCAGUAACAAUUUGUGACGCUGUUAAGCACUACGUCGAUGGCGUUUUCUUCUCUACCCUCGCCUUCCUUUUCGCCGUCAUGAUGGUCUACAAAUACUGGGACUCUAUUACCAAGGAAGAUCUUGAGUUCUCCGUUGGCUCUAAGCAAGCUGUAUGGGACGUCAAAGACCCCCUCCUUGCCACCGGUAUGGAAUACUACGAAGACGAUGCCCAAUCAGCAUACCGCGGGGCCGGUGGAUCCCUCGUUGGCGGAUACAACGGUAACCAAUACUAUGGUAACCAACCUGGCUACGCUCAGAGCGCGUAUGGGCAGCAAGGGUAUGGCCAAUAUGGUGCCGGCGGCGGGUAUGGGCAAGGACAUUACUAGCUGGGCUAGUACAUAUGUGCCCUUUGAGAUGAUCAGCAGAAUGGAGGAAAGAGGGGCAUUUUGUGAUGCCAAGUUGUGACUUGUCGAUGACGUCGCAUGUCAGGUGGUGGGAUGGACAAUUCACUUCGUAAGGGGAUGGUGUAUGAUAAGUUCAUCCAAUUUAAUUCUCCUUUCAAUACUUUUUUUCCUCUCUCUGUAGCUUCCCUUUAUUACUCAACCACAUGGUUACGUUUUCUCCAUAUCACUUCAUUAGGUGUUCCCUACGUCUUGUUCCAUUAACAGAAUUGGAAGGAGUAAUCUGGUAACCCACUUUUUACGUAUUAUUCACGAGCUGUUUAACGUAGAUGAUCCUUAUGCACUGGACAAUUAGUCUGAGCCGUUUGUUGAAAAGUAUUAGGCAGCUCAGUAGUCACUGGCGCGAUGGAUAGACAGUA